AGAAAGCCGCCUCACACCUGUCCAGGUGAGUCACUCACGGCUCCUGGCGCUCUGCCUUCCUGCUGCGCUCUGACGUAGCUGUCCAUCCACGCACACUCCAAGAAACUAAAGUUUCGAGGAAGCGACGCGACUUCUUGUCCAGCUGCUCGACUGUCAGGGAUCUGAGGCCAUGGAUAAGCUAAAAUCGGUUUUGAGUGGGGAGGAGGCGCGCAGGGAUGACCGAAACGUCUUACAGACCAUGAACGAAGCCUCGACUUUAGGUUGGGGGACACGUCUGAAAGGAUUUGUCGCAUGUUUCGUGGUGGGGGCCGCGUGCACGGUUUUGGGGGUUUGUGCGCUUUUUAUCCCCAAGAUUGGCCUGACCCUCUUCAUCGUUUUUUACACGUUUGGAAACAUAUGCGCUCUCUGCAGCACGAUGUUCCUGAUGGGACCACUCAAGCAGCUGAAGAGGAUGUGUGACAAAACAAGAGCGCUCGCCACCACAAUUAUGCUUACGUGCCUUGUGCUGACGUUGUGUGCAGCCUUCUGGUGGAAAAACUUCGGACUUGCUUUAUUAUUUUGCAUUCUGCAAGUCUUGUCAUUUUCCUGGUACAGUCUAUCGUACAUCCCGUGUGUGAGAGAGGCGAUCAUGAAGAUGGUGGCUGUAUGCAUAAAGUGAGCCCAGUUUUGGAGUCGAUGAUUCAGGCCGGUGUUUACAAAGAGGGGGCAGGACUUUUAUUCGCACAUUCCUCUUUUAAUGAGUGAAAAUGCAUUUUUCCCUCUAAACAUUCUUCUUUUUUUCGUUGUAUGACCUUUUUUCUCGAUUUUUCUCUUUUUUUUGACCCCCCUGGCACUUCAGUAACUUGUUUUAAUCUAAAUGAUAAUCAUUCUUUUAUGUGUAAUAUUUUGUAAAUAUCUGUAAUAAAUUAAAUAUUAAAACGUAUGUAAAUUAACCAACU